AUGGAUGUGGCGACGGCGACCGUGGCGCCGGCGGCCCCGGUGACGGCGGAGCGGCCCGUGCCGGCGGACCUGGACCAGGCGCUCAAGAACCCAGGCCUGCCGCGCGCUCUAGUUGCCCCGAGCCGCGAGCGCCCUGACGGCAGCCGCGCCUUCCACGACCCCAAAAGCCUCAGCGUGCUGCAGCAGCACGUCGAGUUCUUCGACAGGAGAAAGACGGGCAUCAUCAUGCCGUGGGACACGUAUGCAGGUGAGCCCCUGCCGAGAGCACUGGUAGCCCACAAGUGGGCGGUGCCGCACUUGACCAGAUCCGAAGAGCCGCUCCGAACGGCAUCUCGGAACCGCUUCCGCGCGGUGGGCUUCAGCAUGGUGCUGUCGCUGGUGUUCUCCGCCCUCAUCAACGGCUCCCUCAGCUACUUCUCGCAGGACUCGUGGCUGCCGGACCCGCUGUUGAGCAUCAAGGUGCGCAACAUCCACGGCUGCAAGCACGGCAGCGACUCCGAGUCCUACGACACCGAGGGCAGGCAAGCCGCCGCCACGCUUCCAACUCCUUUACACGUCGCUCGCACUUUGGCUAGACAGGAGAGAGCAGGGGUGGGAGCCGAAGAGCGAAGAUUAGGGCAGCCACGAGGUUGUUUGUUCGUUCCCGAGAAGUUCGAGGAGAUCUUCAGCAAGCACGACCGCAGCGGCAAGGGCUCGCUCACCUUCAUGGAGAUGCUCGCGCUCACCGAGACCAACAAGAACGCCUUCGACGCCUUCGGCUGGAUCGCGGAGAAGCUGGAGUGGGGCGUCACCUUCUGGCUGCUGGCGGACCACCGCGGCCGCGUGGCCAAGGAGCACAUCCGCGAGUGCCUCGACGGCUCGGUUUUCUACCGCAUCGAGAAGGAGCGCCAGGAGGAGGCCCACCGCAAGCAGGGGCGGGGGCAUGCCCCCGCCAGCCACGGCCACACGGACGCGGAGUAG